AUGGCCAAUCUCCUUCUUGCCAGUCGAGGAAUCAACCCCUCACCCACAGUGGGUGAAUGCUGGGUACGAAACUUUGUCAAUCGCUAUGAAGAGCUGAAAUCCAAGUUCUCCCGCAAGUACGACCAUCAACGUGCACUAUGUGAAGAUCCUGAGGUUAUCCGUGGGUGGUUUAAGCUUGUACAAAACACCAUUGCAAAGUAUGGGAUUCUGGAAGAGGAUAUCUACAACUUUGAUGAGACAGGCUUUCAGAUGGGGGUUAUUGGGACUGUCAGAGUGGUGACUGGAUCUGAAAGAGCUAGGAAUCCCAAGCUUGUACAGCCUGGAGAUCGGGAAUGGGUGACUGUUAUUGCUGGGGUCAAUGCAAUGGGCUGGGCUCUCCGUACAAUGAUUAUCCUCAAGGGAAAGAUGCAUCAGUCCUCUUGGUAUGAGACUGAAGGGCUGCCGCAUGACUGGGUGAUUGGAGUCACUGAAUUUGAUCAAUUCUGCUCUGAGAAUCAGAUUAUUGCUCUCUACAUGCCACCACAUUCCUCUCAUCUUCUUCAGCCACUGGAUGUUGGGUGCUUCUCCCCCUUGAAGACUGCAUAUGGACGACAGGUGGAGAAUCAGAUGCGGCUUGGGAUCAAUCAUAUUGACAAGGAGGAGUUUCUGGCCCUAUAUCCUGCAGCUCAGAUGCAGGCUCUGACUGAGAACAACAUCAAGAGCAGUUUCAGGGCAGCUGGGCUGGUUCCAUACAAUCCUGAGCAGGUUCUCUCGCGCCUUAAUACCACAAUGCAUACCCCCACCCCACCUGGGACCUCUCAUAGCUCUCAGGCCUCCUGGGCCACUGCUACACCACAUAAUAUACACCAGCUAGAGCAGCAGACUAAGAAAGUUAAAGGAUAUAUUAAGCACCCCCAAGAGGGAGCUUUGGGGGUGGAAGAAGGCUUGGAUCGCGUACGAAGCAUCAAUGAAUGGGAAAGAGGGGUGGUUGAGGCUGCUGAGUCCCAACCACGAAGACGUGCAGCACCACAGUGUAGUGACUUGAAGAGCAUUCUUGUUGUAUGGCAGGUGGGAAGUGGCUCGCUUGCUUAUGUGGCUCGCUCGCUUAUCGAUUACGUUAAAUAUAAAAUAUUAUGUAAGAAAAGCCAGUGGAUUCUAUCCAUGACUGAGCGAGGCCAGUCACCCCGCAUCACAACCGUACGAAAUAUGGCCAAUUUGCUUCUUUCUGAACGAGAAAUCAAGUCUGAAUCCAAACCCCCUCCAACAGUGGGUGAAUGCUGGGAAGAUACAUACAACUUUGAUGAGACUGGAUUUCAGAUGGGAGUUAUUGGGACAGCCAGAGUAAUUACUGGAUCUGAGAGAGUUGAUCGUCCGAAUCUUAUACAGCCUGGAGAUCGGGAAUGGGCCACUGUUAUUGCAGGAGUUAAUGCAACUGGUUGGGCUUUACGUACGAUGAUUAUUCUAAAGGGAAAGAUGCACCAAUCCCAUUGGUAUGAGACUGAGAAGCUGCCACAUGACUGGGUGAUUGGAGUCAGUGAGAAUGGAUGGACAAAUGAUAAGCUGGGGUUGAUCUGGCUUAAGGAGAUAUUUGACAAGGACACUCGAUCUCGUACGAAGGGCAAAUAUCGACUCUUGAUCCUUGAUGGACAUGGAAGUCAUGCUUCAGCAGAGUUUGAUCAAUUCUGCUCUGAGAAUGACAUCAUUGCUCUCUACAUGCCAUCUCAUUCAUCUCAUCUUCUUCAGCCCUUGGAUGUUAGCUGUUUCUCUCCUCUAAAGAAGGCAUACAGACGACAGGUGGAGAAGCAAAUGCAGCUUGGCAUCAAUCACAUUGAUAAGGAAGAGUUUUUGACUCUCUAUCCAGCAGCUCAUAUGGAAGCCCUGAAUGAGAACAACAUCAAAAGUGGUUUUAAAGCUACAGGGUUAGUUCCGUACGAUCCAGAGCAGGUUCUCUCACGCCUUAAUACCCAGAUGCAUACACCCACCCCCCCAGGAACUUCUCAUAGUUCUCAAGCCUCCUGGGCCACAGCCACACCACACAAUGUACGACAAGUGGAUCUCCAGGCCAAGAAGAUUAAAGGAUACAUGCAACAUCGUACACAGGGUUCAUCCAGUCCAACCAAUCGAGCUAUGAAUCAGCUGAUCAAGGGGUGUCAAAUGGCUAUGUGUAGUGCUGCUAUUUUAGCAAAGGAAAACAAGGAACUAAGAGCUGCAAAUGAGAAGCAAAAGAGAAAGCGAGGGAAAGGUCGUACAUAUAUAGCUCAGAAAGGGGUUUUAAGAGUUGAAGAAGGAAUAGAUCGCGUACGAAGUGUCAAUGAACAGGAAAAUGAGAAGGUUGAGGUUUUUCUGACUCUCAACCACGAAAACGAGCAGCACCACGGUGCAGUACAUGUGGUACUAUUGGACAUACUGCUCGUACGUGUGAAAGCUGAUUUGUAA